GUCAAAAUGGAGUGAUUUCUUGUCAUCACCUUCAUCAAUACAGCCCAGUCCAGUCCAGUCCUGUCUUCUCAACUCACCAUCAUCUCAAAAAGUGUCUAUAUCUUCACUUACACUUACACUUACACCGCACCCACUUACACAAUGGCCGCCAUCGCUAGACCUGCUCUCGCUAAGCCUGCCGCAUACCCCAAGGCUCUCCCCGUUGUCGUUGCUGUUGGCAGCUUCGCUCUCGUCGCUAGCUACGUGACCUCCCAGUUGGCCACCACAUCAGCCAAGUUCGAUCGCUCUUUUGCAAAGUACAACACUCCCGAGAGUGAAGCCAACCGAGCAAGGACCUUUGACGGUGCCAUCGAGAAUCCCAGGACAAGUCUGUUCAACAUCCUCGGUCGACGACAGUAGACGAUCAAUUGUCUAUAGAACUUUAUUAUAAAGGAUC